ACACACUGAUAGACAUACGUAAAUAAAUUACAGAUAUAUACAGAUAUAUACACUUUCUCUGAAAAGUGGGUAAUUACAGUGCACGUUUGAGAGAUAGAGGUUGUAAUCUGAAAGCAAUCUCCUUAAUCCCAUGCAACAACAAACCCAAAACUCCCUCAUUUAACUUUUCAUUUUUGGGAAAAAAAACUCCAGUGACACUUGCUGAGUAGUAAUAAAAGUAUCUGUUAGUAUUCCAGAAUAAAACAGAUCAGCUGGAAGUUGCUACUAGUUUAUGUGCUUCGUUUGCAUAUUUUAAAAAAUCUAUCACUAAGCUUCUAAUUACCAACAGGAUCCAAACUGACGUGAUUUACUAAUUUUCUAAAUUUCCAUAAAUUUGUUAAAAACACAGUUGUUGCUAUUUUUUUUCCUGUUUUCACUUUUAAUGGGCUUUUAUGGUAUUUUAGGUUCCUUUUGAGUUCCAUAUCUUUCAAGCGUUAUCCAGCUAAGAGAAGACCCGAGUUCUCCAGGAAUGCUGAACUGAGUAUAAAUAACCACUGAGAAGAACCCUGACAAACCCUGGUCCAUCAGCAUGAAGCUGUUUCUAUUGCUUGCAGUGGUUGGGCUAGGCUGGGCUCAAUAUGACCCUCACACCAAACCCGGCACAACAUCUAUUGUCCACUUGUUCGAAUGGCGCUGGAGUGAUAUUGCUCUUGAAUGUGAAUGUUACUUAGCACCCAAUGGAUUUGGGGGAGUCCAGAUUUCUCCUCCAAAUGAAAAUGUGGUGAUCAAUAACCCUUUAAGACCAUGGUGGGAAAGAUACCAGCCAGUUAGCUACAAAUUAUGUACCCGAUCUGGAAACGAAGAUGAAUUCAGAGCCAUGGUGACCAGAUGUAACAAUGUUGGAGUGCAUAUUUACGUGGAUACUGUCAUUAAUCAUAUGUGCGGAGCCAAUGUUGGUAAGGGAUCAAGUACCUGCGGAAGCUUUUUCAAUUCAGCCACCAGGGAAUUUCCCGCAGUUCCUUAUUCAGGAUGGGACUUUAAUGAUGGCAAAUGCAAAACUCUCAGUGGAGAUAUUGAAAACUACAAUGACCCUUAUCAGGUUAGAGACUGUCGUUUAGUCAGUCUUCUUGACCUUGCCCUGGAAAAAGAUUAUGUUCGCUCCAAAGUUGCCGAAUACAUGAACAAGCUGAUUGACAUAGGUGUGGCUGGAUUCAGAAUUGAUGCUUCCAAACAUAUGUGGCCUGGUGACAUGAAGGCAUUUUUGGAUAAACUGCACAAUCUUAGUACACACUGGUUCCCAGCAGGAGCAAAACCCUUUGUCUACCAGGAGGUAAUUGACCUAGGGGGUGAAGGCAUUAAGAGCAGUGAGUAUUUUGGAACUGGUCGGGUGACAGAAUUCAAAUACGGUGCCAAACUUGGCACAGUUCUGCGCAAGUGGGAUGGAGAAAAGAUGGCUUAUUUGAGGAACUGGGGAGAAGGCUGGGGUUUCAUGCCUUCUGACAAAGCCCUCGUGUUUGUGGAUAACCAUGACAAUCAGAGGGGUCACGGAGCUGGUGGGGCUUCGAUCCUCACAUUCUGGGAGUCCAGACUCUACAAAAUGGGAGUUGGGUUCAUGCUUGCUCAUCCAUAUGGAUUCACCCGAGUCAUGUCUAGCUUCAGCUGGCCAAGAAAAUUUGAGAACGGGAAGGAUGUUAAUGAUUGGGUUGGACCACCUAAUGACAAUGGAGUUAUCAAAGAAGUUACCAUCAAUGAAGACAGUACCUGUGGCAAUGGUUGGGUCUGUGAGCACAGAUGGCGACAGAUAAGGAACAUGGUGAUUUUCCGUAAUGUUGUCGAUGGCCAACCUUUCACAAACUGGUGGGAUAAUUGGAGCAACCAAGUGGCCUUUGGCCGUGGGAAUAAGGGAUUCAUUGUCUUCAACAACGAUGACUGGCCAUUAUCUGAAUACCUGCAAACUGGCCUUCCUGCUGGGACAUACUGUGAUGUCAUUUCUGGUGAUAAACAAGAUGACCGCUGUACUGGAAUUAAAAUCUACGUGUCCAAAGAUGGCAAGGCUCAGUUCAGUAUUAGUAACACAGCUGAAGACCCAUUCAUUGCCAUUCAUGCAGAAUCCAAAUUGUAAUCCAAAUUCAUUUUCAUUUCUAUAAACAAAUAAAUUUAAACGUCAAUUUUUCCCUGUUGCGCUUAUUACUGAAAAUUGACCAAUCUCUGAGUGAUGUGAUAUUGAUGACACAAUAAACUUUAGUGCUUCUGAA